GGUUAAACGAAUUUUAGAGUACACUUAGCAUUUUCAGAAACUGGAACCAGCAAGUGAAAAGAUUUGAGUUACUGGUUCAACUGGUCGGAUUGAUUUUUUUUAAUUUUUCUUUAGAUAGAUGGAUCUAAUCCGAAUGAACCAGUGUAACCCACCCAGAAGGAAUUAACCACCGAUUCAUUGUUGAACCAGUGCCCGCACAGGUUUUUGAGUCUACCAAUUGCAUUUCACCCAUUUCUAUCAAGGAUUUCGACAGAAUUUAUUUAUCUAGUAUAUGCGUGCGCCAUUUAGAAAGAAAUAAAAUGAAGAGAGGGUGAAGUUGACGCCAAAACCAACCUGCCGCAGAAAUGGAAGGUGCUGCCAACUGCCAACUACAAAUGGCAGUAGCAAUUUAAGAGCUGCUCAGUCGUCAAAACCAACAAAUAUAUCUUAACUACAUUACCAUAUUCUACUUUUCUCUCUUUCUUAGACUUUGACGCCUUCUUUCUCUUACAACAACAAAAUAGAAAAAUCCAAUCUUUUUUUCUCAUUUUCCAAGAGACACAUAAGCAUACUCUGUCUCUCUCUUCCAACAGGAUGGGAAAGAAACGUAUAAUGGUUCCAGCUGAGGAUGUGGACUUGUCUACUGUCCAGUAUAAGCCUGAAGUUAUUGAAGCUCCGCAUCUGACUGGAUUGGGAUUUAAGUUGUUUGUAAAACUACUUGAGGCUCCAGUGAUUGGUUCUCUCAUCAUAUCUCAUUUAAAGAAGGAGAACAAGAUGAAUGAGAUGCUGCGAAACACUGAUAUACCAGAAGCACCCAUGUUUAAACCUGAAUAUCCUCCUCAAGAACCAGAGCCUGGUGGUGUUGUUUUGGAUGAGGAUGGAAAACCAGAAGAUAGGGUUGAAGUAGCCUUGAAGUGUCUACCACAUUAUGAUCCUGCUAGCUUCUGGAAUGGGGACUCAGCUCCAUCAUUCAGGUACUGGAAGAUACGUGAUUAUGCACAUGCUUAUCGAUCUAAGAUUGUGACACCAUCUACGGUUGCAGAGCACAUAAUCUCAGUUUUAGAGGAGUUCAAAGGAAAGAAGCCUCCAACACCAUUAUUGAUUUCUUUUGAUGAGGAGGAAGUUAGGAAGCAGGCUGCUGCUUCUACACGGAGGUUUGAGGAAGGAAAUCCAAUGUCCAUUUUAGAUGGCAUUUUCAUGGCAAUCAAGGAUGAUAUAGAUUGCUAUCCCCAUCCAUCUAAAGGUGCUACAACAUGGAUGCAUGAGGUCCGUUCUGUCAAAAAGGAUGCAGUUUCUGUUUCUAGAUUGCGUAGCUGUGGUGUGAUAUUUGUGGGGAAGGCAAAUAUGCAUGAAUUAGGCAUGGGAACAACUGGAAAUAAUCCAAAUUAUGGAACCACAAGAAACCCUCAUGCAACGGAUAGGUACACAGGUGGAUCUUCCUCAGGCCCAGCAGCUAUUGUAGCUUCUGGGCUCUGCUCUGCUGCCUUAGGAACAGAUGGUGGAGGUUCUGUCCGCAUCCCUUCUUCCCUUUGUGGUGUAGUGGGCUUGAAAACAACGUAUGGACGGACAGAUAUGGAAGGUUCAUUAUGCCAUUAUGGAACUGUGGAAAUUAUUGGACCAAUUGCAUCUUCAGUGGAGGAUGCCAUGUUAGUGUAUUCUGUGAUUUUGGGCUCAUCUCCUGCAGAUAAAAUCUGCCUGAGACCAUCUCCUCCUUGUUUGCCUAAUUUGUCAUCAUAUGAAAGUGUGGGUGGUUUGGGAUCAUUGCGGCUUGGGAAGUAUACAGAGUGGUUUAAUGAUGUGCACUCAACUGAUGUCUCUGAUAAGUGUGAGGAUGCUCUUAACCUUCUGUCAAAAACACAUGGGUGUGAAAUAGUGGAGAUUGUUGUACCUGAACUUGAAGAGAUGCGCACUGCUCAUCUUGUUUGCAUUGGAUCUGAAAUGCAGUCCUCAUUAAGCCCUGAUAUCGAGGAUGGGAAAGGUGUGAGGUUGACAUAUGAUACCCGUACCAGUCUUGCACUAUUUCAAUCAUUCAGUGCUUCAGAUUAUGUUGCUGCACAGUGUCUUAGGAGAAGAUUAAUGUACCAUCACAUGGAGAUUUUUAAAAAGGUUGAUGUCAUAGUCACCCCUACGACUGGCAUGACAGCACCCAAAAUACCUCCUAGUGCUCUCAAGUAUGGUGAGACUGAUAUGCAGGUUACAGGUUAUCUUAUGCGGUUUGUCAUUGCAGCAAAUCUUCUUGGUUUUCCUGCCAUUACUGUCCCUGUUGGGUACGAUAAACAAGGCCUUCCAAUAGGUUUGCAGAUAAUUGGUCGUCCAUGGGCAGAAGCUACAAUAUUGCGUUUAGCUUCUGCAAUAGAGGAACAAGCAGAGCCUAAGAAGCAGCCCGAGUCAUUUUAUGAUGUUCUGCAGUCAAAAUGAAGCGACACAUCCGCUUCAUCUGAAUUCCCACAGGGGAAUCUGGCAUAGCACAUUGCUUGAAAGACUGAUAUCAAUGCUUUAUUAAGUGACGUUCAUUACUUUCUGCUCGUAUGGUCAAUAACUUGAAAAACAUUACCCUUUACUGCUUGGAAUUCUAGGCAACAAUGAAAUCAUAGAUUGAUUGAAGUUACAUGAGGCAUCAUGCCAGAACAUUCAUGAUAAGUUUUUAAGAAAAUGCUGUUUGUAUGUUUAACACCUUA